AUGGCGGCACCUACCUCCCGCCCUCUCGAGUAUCUAGAGGGUCUUCCCGGCGGAAUCUUCCUACAGCUUUACAAGCAACCGUCUACCGCUCUUGCGAUUUUUCGGCGCAUGCUGCCUGACUUGGCAAAAUGUUUUGUCAUGGCCCUGCUGUACUUGAAGGAUCCUCUUCCUACGGCUGAUCUUGAAAUAUGGGUCAAGGCUGAGAGCAAGAAGCAACGAGAUAAUGCUCUUUCGAUAUUGGGCAGAUUACACAUUCUAUCGACUACUCGGACCGAAAAUAAUGCUCGGGCAUACAUGGUUACCAACCCAUUCGCGUCGUCGCUUCGUCAAGCUCUUACAGGUUCUGAGGAUACCCAGUCAUUCGGUGUCUUUUCGCAGGUCCCCGAUCAGAGCACAGUGACAGUUUCAGAUUUAGACGAUUACGCUCGACGACAAUGGGAAGGUGUUCUUGGGUACAUGGUGGGAACAAGUGCUUUGAGUGGACGUGAUUCGGUGAACCUGAGCAAAGGUGUCAAACAACUCCUGCAAGCGGGAAAUCUGGUAGAGAUCAGAGAGCGCCGAGUGGAUAUUACAAAGGAUGGAUUCGGUUUCGUGUUGCAAGAUGUCAACACCCAGGUCUGGCAUAUUAUGAUUCUCUACGUUGAGAGUGCCCAAUCACUGGGGAUGGACAGUGUCGAGGUUCUAUCGUUCCUGUUCCUGCUUAGUAGUCUGGAACUGGGCCAGUCGUACGAGAAAAAGCACCUCUCAUCCACACAACAGCAAACUUUAGCCAACUUGGCGGAUUUCGGUAUCAUCUACCAAGAAACACCCGAAGCAACGCGUUUCUACCCCACACGACUUGCAACCACGUUGACUUCUGAUUCAAGUGCGCUCGGUAAUACCGCCAGUGGCUCACUAUCUGGUCCCGAGUCCGGCGGCGUCAUCAUCGAAACCAAUUACCGCCUCUACGCAUACACAUCAUCUCCUCUUCAGAUUUCUCUGAUCUCCCUCUUUACAAAUCUGAAAUAUCGCUUUCCGAACUUGGUUACGGGCAAAAUCACUCGGCAAUCAGUGCGUCGAGCUAUCGAGAUGGGUAUUACCGCUGAACAAAUCAUUUCUUACUUGAUGUCGCAUGCUCAUCCCCAAUUACGGAAACACAAUGCUGCCCAUUCUACCGCGAAUACAGCUCAGGCUUCAGUACUUCCACCAACUGUGACCGAUCAGAUCCGCCUAUGGCAACUUGAGCGUGAUCGUGUGCGCGCCACGGCAGGCUUCCUGUUCAAAGACUUUAACAAUUCAGCUGAAUAUGAUGCUCCUUGCAGGUAUGCCGCUGAGAUCGGAGUGUUGGUCUGGAAGUCAGACAAAAAGCGGAUGUUCUUUGUGUCGCGGCAUGAGCAGGUGGCUGCGUUUCUUCGCGACCGAGCUGUCGGUAAGUAG